GUGACGGUCAAGGGGUUCGGUUCAUAGGACUCAGAAUAUGGAGAAAGAAGAGAUGGAAUCCGGGGAAGAGGAGAAGGGGGAGUUAGAGGAUGAGGAUAACGAGGAAAUGGAUCAGUCGGGGGAAAAAGAAAAAGGCGGGAUAUUAGAAACCCAUACAUGGGAGAAGGAGCAGUCAGAAGAAGAGAAGAGGGAGCUGUCAGAGGAAGCAGAGGGUGACAGGGAUAAGCCAGUGCAACAAGAAAGUGAGGAGAGGGGUAGGUCAGUGCUCUUUGAGGAGUCAGAGGAUGAAGAAAAGGAGAAGGAGCAACCAGAGAGUGAAGAUAGUGAGGAUACAAGGCAGCCAGGUGACGAAGAGAAUGAGAGGGGACAGGGGGACCAGGAGGAGAGACGGCAGUCUGAGCAAGACGAAAGUGUGCAGUCCGGACAGGAGAGAGAAGGGUCCCAAGUAUGGGAGGCAGGCGAAGAGCAAACAGAGAAUGGGGAGGAGACAGGGGAGAAGGUUAAACGACAACAUGCACUGAGACCAUCAGCCCUGGACAUCCAGUUGGCCCUGGCUCGCCUAUGUGAGGAUGAGUUCAGUGAUGAUCCAUCAGAGUUUGAUGCGCCUAGAUUGAUGUUGGAAUCUAACCAAAACAGUCCUCUAGAAAGACUUCAUGUAGGUGAUGUGAGACUUGAUUCAACUGGCAGAAUUGUACAUGAACUUUUUAAGGAAGCAAAGGAGCACGGAGCGGUGCCAGUAGAAGAAGCUAGCAAAGUGACUAAAGAUCUAUAUAAAUCAUUUGCAGGUGGUGGAUACAAACUGGGUGACUCAUUUCAGAAGCAAUCUGAAUAUAUUUAUGGUGAUGAAAAUAGUCAAGAAGUACAGAUUUUGCUUAAACUAUGGCGCAAUGGGUUCAGUUUAGACGAUGGAGAGCUGAGAUCUUACAGAGAUCCAAUAAAUGCCCAGUUCUUGGAAUCCAUCAAGAGAGGAGAAAUUCCAGUGGAACUUCAGCGGCUAGUUCAUGGAGGCCAGGUGAAUUUAGACAUGGAAGACCACCAGGACCAAGAAUAUGUUAAACCAAGGUUAAAAUUCAAAGCCUUUAGUGGAGAAGGACAAAAGCUUGGAAGUGUUACUCCUGAAAUAAUAAGCACACCGUCAUCGCCUGAAGAAGAACAUAAGGCCUUUCCUAAUUUGGUGGUUGAACUUGAUGAAUGUGAGCCAACAACAAAAAUACAGAUUAGACUAUGUGAUGGAAGCCGUCUGAUACAAAGGUUUAACCUCACUCACAGGAUUGCAGAUGUGCGGCAGUUUAUUAUCCAAUCCAGAUCAGAAUUUGCCCAGACUGAUUUUGUUUUGGUAACUACAUUUCCAAACCUAGAAAUCACAGAUGAAAGCCAAACACUGGAAGAAGCUAAUAUUGUGAACACUGUGAUUCUUCAACGGCUGAAGUAAUUUUGUUUUCACGUGGCCUGUUUCAAACAUGUCUAGUGCCAAUCAAACGUAUUUACGGACUUACUUUAAACACCUUGUUUAACACUAUUUUAACACUUUAUUAACUAGCUGUGCUUAUUUGGACUUGCACCCUCCAGUUUCUUUGCAAGAACACAGGUAUCUACAUGAAGUCACAUUUAACUUUGCUAAAGACCUAAGUACAGGGAGAGACCCUGGGGCCUAUUUAUCACGCUCCGUAUGGAGCUUGAUGCCCCGUGUUUCUGGCGAGAUCGCUGCUCCAUAACCUGUCCACCUGCUCUGAGGAGGCGGACAGACAUCUCUGGAAAUCAACCCAAUCCAAUACGAUUGGGUUGAUUGACACCCCCUGCUAGCAGCCGAUUGGCCGCAAAUCUGCAGGGGGCAGUAUUGCACCAGCAGUUCACAAGAACUGCUGGUGCAAUUAUAAAUGCUGAGAGUGUAUGCUGUCGGCAUUUAUCGAUGUGCAGCGGACAUGAUCCACAAUAUCGGAUCAUGUACGCUUGCACCAUCAUAAAUAGCCCCCGCUGUCUUAAAUUUGACCAUGGGGCCCAGUGGUUCCUCGUUAAUUUGCUGGAAAAUCAAGUAUGAUGUAAAAAUACUGUGCAGUGUCUAUAUGUGACUAAUAUCUUGCUGCAGAUAAGGAUGUUGCCCUUGUAAAUUAUACUUGAAAAUGUUAGCUAACAUACUUCACUUUGCACAUAGUGUCCUAUACACAUGCUAAUUAUUUUAUUCUUUGUGUGUUGUUACAUGCAUUUUAGCACAGUAUUCAAGACCUUUGGUUAUAUGAACACAAAGUAAUGCAUCUUAUCCAAAGAAUGCGUCUUGAAUAAAUAUGAAUAGACUUUUUUAUAUAUAAAUAGGUACAAACUUUCAUAUUGAUUUGUUAAAUAUGAUUUUAGGUUCACAAAGUUUUCAAUUCUCACUAUACUUUAAAACGAUAUUAUGUCAAUUGAGAUCUCAGGACAAAACUAGUGCGCUAAAUACUGUUUCAGAAAACAUUUUAUUGAACUCUAACCCAUUUUAUACUAUUACACAAAAUGUGUUAUUACAAAUGUGUAUUGUCAAAUAAUGUAUGAUAUGUGGAUGUUCAUUUAAGAGUAUUAUUUAUUAAAUGUUAUUUAUAUUUAGGUAUUACACUGAAUAACAGAAUACAUUAUUUUAUGAUGAAAUUUAAAUUUUGGGAGUUCACAAUCUGGGCUAGAUUACAAGUGGACUUCUAGCUCUAACUCCGCUAGAAGUAAGUUUUCUGCACGUGUUGGGUAGUGCUUUUGUAUUACAAGUUGAAAGUAAAACAUUUUCACUUGCGCGCUAACCCGAUACACGUGAAAAGUCGAAGUUAGAAUAUCUUGCGCACGUUAACGUAUUCCCCCAUUCAAGUCAAAUGAGCAAAAUAAAGUGGGGGGAAAAAACACCCGACUCGCACACAAACCCUAACUUAUAUGAUCACAUGCGCUAAACCGACAUGAAAAUAUGUAUUUUUCAGAUUCCAGUGUUCUUCACAUUGCAGAAUAUGUUCUAUGUGUUCAUAAAUACAAAUUUUUACAUAUAUCUGAUGGUAUUUUGGUAAAAUAUAUAUAUACACCUAUAUAUUUCUAGAUGAUUAUAUAUAGGUAUAGAUAUUUACAUAGGAAUAUCUAUUUAAAAUUACAUAGAACAUAUUCUGCUAUGUGCAGAACACUGAAAUGUGAAAUAUUUACAGUAAAUACAUAGUUAAAACCUUUAUCAAAUAUGAAUAUUGUGUAAAUAUGCUUUUGCAUGUUUUCAUCUACUUGACAGCAAAGGGCUCCAAAGCACUUAUAUAUAUAUAUAUAUAUAUAUAUAUAUGUAUACAUAUGUGUAUAUAUGUCUGUAAAUACAUACGUACUGAAACUUCAGACCAGAUUGUAUCUUUGUGAACGUAUUUUUAAAAGGAAACUUGCUAUGGUGAACGAGCUUUCAAACGGGAUUGUGCUUUAGUGAGCGUAAAGUCCAAACAUUUUGACAGCAGUGCGUUUUCUAGGUUUUGCGCCUAAAUUGUUAAACUCCUGUUCAUAAAGUUGGAAUGGAGUAUUUUCAUGUUUUACAAUUUCAAGACUGUUAAAAUCCCGUUUUAGAAGAUAAUACAAGCCCUUUUAUUAGAAA